CGCGUCCACAAUCGCCGCUGUACUCUCUGAAUGCAUUGCUGAACCUGGCAAUAUACGAGCAUGACACCACGCUCUACAGACGCAUCUGAUCUGACCAGUAACGAAGCUUCGCGUCUCUAUUCGACCGGCGGCGGGCGGGACGCACUCGUGCGCCAUCAUGUCCUCCUCGCUAGCUUCCACACGUAAUCUGAAGCCGUCACCGACUCUCCCCACCUUACCUCCAAUAUCACAGGAAGCUCCAGCAAGCGAACAACCUGUCUCGCAGCCUGCAGCUCCUGUUCCUCAGGAAACCCGCGAAGCCCUUAUGAGUGCGCAUCGAACACAGUCCCCAACGUCUGGGCAUCGCAAGCGUAAAUCUGUCAGUGCAGGCCAGCAGGUCAACAACAUGGCAGACACAAGCGGUGGCGCAGAGGCACAGAACAGUGUUGCGUCUGCCCAAGCAGAACACGUUGACCCUUCGGUGCAAGAGCCGAAGGCUAAGAAGAGCCGAACAAACACGCCUUGGACACCAGCAGAAGAAUUGAGGCUAAAGCAAAUGAGAGACACAGGCAACAGCUGGAGCGAAAUUGCGAAGACUUUCCCACAACGAACCGAAGGUAGCGUGAAGAAGCAUUGGUACAAAGAUAUGCACUAUGCAGAAUUUGCGGAAGACGAGAGUGCAGCACUACUCGCCGCGAUCAAAGAAUAUGAUGCCAACAAAUGGAAAGCUAUCGGACAGAAAGUCGGCAAACCUGCAAAGGCUUGCGAACAGUAUGCGAAGGAACACUUUGGUGGAAAGUAUUGACAAUGUUGAGCACUGUUUGCAUCUUCCCGGUUACAGUGCAACGGUUCCACUUUAUGAUACCAGCUUUCCUGCCUCGGUCGAGCAGUGCAUCCUAGUUUGAUUUUUGGCAACGGCUGUCGGCAGCCUCAAACAAAAUCAUUUCCUUGCACUCGGCGCCUUUAUCCCUACAACUAUUUCGACUGUUUUGGGCGUGUAUGUCUUGGAGUAUGGACCCGUCUUGCUGUAUGGUUGAGUAUUGGCGAUGGUAGAUUGGACCACCUCCACCAACAUAACGACUACAUAAAGUCGACAGUGCGUGGAGGUAAUGCAACGAUUAUACAGAGACCCAUCUGUCUCAGUUUCACGACGAAAGCCUUUAUUUUGCGUACUCACAGUAGUUCGCUACGAUGUUUUAAGGCCUCGUCAUUACUAACGUGGUUGUUUCUCCGUGCGGCCGCUAACCGAUCACA